CUACGCGAAUUAAUAGAAAAAAUGUGAAAAUUAACAAAACUCCAGUGAUAAGUGGCUUGCAUGCAUUUAGUGGUACCACAAAAUUAACUCAACGCACUACAUGCCAAAUAGAGGUACCACUCUAUAUUAGAAGGAAACGCGUAAGAGAUAGACUGUCGAUAAAAGUGAGCAACAAAACGCAGCGUUGAAAAAUGUUUGUAAACAGCUGCUGGCUUAAACAGCCAACAGAUGGCGUGUAGGAAAAUGCAGGUCGCUCGCCGGCGUUGCCAGCUCAAAUUAAACGCCAUAUUUGAUUCUGCCUCGUCGCUGUAGUUUUUGGUGUUAAAGAAAGCGAAUUUUCAUGCUAACGCGAGCAUAAUUAAAUGCUACUCAAUGUUGCAAAGCUAAAUUAAUCUAGAAAAUCCAAUGAUUUGAUGUGAUAGUGCCAAUGUGUGUGUUUUGAAACGUAAUAGCGCAAGGCGUGAGCAACAACAAUUGGCCCUGGGGCCCAGGCCCAAGAAAGUGUGCACAGAGCAUGGCACAAUAUAUAGUGCCAAUAGAAGAUAUGGAAAUGAAACCCGUCUACUCAGAUCUGCAAGUAGUCCCGCAAGACGAAGUGGGAGCGCUUGUAUUGCAGGACGAUCAACAGUUGGUGUUUAAUGAUCAGCAGCAAGUUGUCUAUCAAACUGCCGCCCCCGCUCAGUAUCAGCCGCAGCCGACGACGACAGCAAAUCACUAUAUUAUAGGCACUGAGCUGCAGCAACAGCAGGAUGUCCAACAACAGCAGCAGCAGCAACAACAACAACAGCAGCAGCAGCAGCAGCAGCAAGUGGUAAUGCAUCAUCAGCAUCAACAAGUGCAUUAUCAGCAGCAGCAACAACAACAACAGCAGCAGCAGCAAGAAGUGCAACAACAUCAGCAAUUGCACUUAGAGCAGCAGCAGCCUCAAUAUGUGCAACAGCCACAGACUACCAUACAGCAUACUCAACAAAUUUAUUAUACAUCUGAUCAGGUGCUGCAACCCAAUACAAUUGUGCAGCAUGCUUCCAUGCAACAAUUGCAGCAACAGCAGCAACAAAAGAAGCAGCAAGUACUGCAACAGCAACAGUAUCAGCAACAGCAUACCACGUAUCAGCAGCAAACAACAUCCUUGGUGCAGGCGAGUCCACAGCAACAGCAACAACUGCUGCAAAGUCCACAGCAUCAGCAACAAACACUACAAAUUCAGACAACACCCGCACAACAGCAGCAACCACAACAGCAUCAACAAAUUAUAUAUCGGAUGGCAACCACACAACAGCAACAACAGCGACAAAUAAGUAUGCUAAACAGCACACACGUGAUAGUACAGCAACCUACUGGACAAGUGUUAAUUCAAGCGCCCCAGCAUCAGGAGCUGAUUAUGCGACAGGCGACUGCCAUACCGCAGCAGAGCAUUAAUAUAUAUAACAAUCAAGUGGUAUACACUACAGGCGCAAAUCUCAACAGCAGGCAACAGCAACACCUUCAGCACGUGCAGCAGACAGUGCACGUACAACAGCAGCAACAACAACAGCAGCAGCAACAGUUACAACUGCAAGCACAGACAGCUCACUUGGUUCAGACGCGUGUUGUUCCACAACAAACCGGCAACGUUGUGUACCAACAAGUGCAAAUGCAAAAGGCGCCUCUGCAGCAGCAACAGCAGACACCGCCACAGCAACAAUCACAAGUUCAGUUGCAUCAGCCACAGAUUGUAACCACAGCAGCAGGCACUCAGCUGGUUCGUGCUCCAUUUCGUGGGAAGGCAACGCGUGGAGGUGCUGUCAUUGCCAGACAUCCAGGCACUGCAGUCAUAACGCGUCCCGCAUUAACACCCACCAUUGUGCGUCAGGUGCGUCCUCGUGGCGGCUUGCAAACGGUAACGGGCGGUAUUGUGCGCAGUGUACGUCCACACGGCGUUCGUCCGACGCGGUCGCAACUACUGGUGCAGACCAGCGGUGCCGGCGAAGGUCAAACAAUGCAGAUAGUGACACAACCACAAAUGGCCAAGCAGAUAACCAUUACAAAUCUUGGUCAGCCUGUAGCAGCAGCACCAGGUCAGCAGCUGCAGCAACGACAAGUCUUUCGUCAUGUGAUUAGCGAUGCUACCGGCAAUCCGCCACAGCAGCAUCAGCAAAUGAUAGUAAUGCGUCAACAGCCCAUGCGUUUCCGCCAAGCGGUGCCCGUGCAGGCGCCUGCAGCAACAGCUGUAGUGACGCCCAGCGGUAGUGGUGCCAUGGGUGAUCUGGAGGAUCGCAUACAGGCAGCGGUAGUGAAAAAGGAGCAACAACAAAAGCCUGUCAUCGGUCAAAUACCGAUGCAGUUGGCUACAGCUGGAGGAACUACACUGACCACAUAUUACCAAACGGGCGCAACAGCAAACAGCAGCAGCGAAGAGGAGCAACAACAACAACAGGCAGGAGUUCGCACUGCCAGCGGUCCCAGCAUGACGCUAGCAGAGUACAAGAAACGUCAAACGCUAACAAGCUCACCAGCGCCUGGCACGCUUAGCGGUCUGCCCGUCAUGCGACAAACUACAACUGGUACUAUGGUGCGUCCUGUACCCAAACUAACGCAUACAGUGGCCACCCAACAACAACAACCACAGCAGCAGCAGCAGCUGGAGCAAUCCCCAGUGCAGCAGACUCCCCAAAAUACUGGUACAACGCGCAUUUUGCAACCGCAACAGCGUGUGCUGACAGCAGCUGCAGUGCCACCGGCACAGUCCGUGCGCCAGAUCCUGCAUAACAACUAUGAGAUACACUCGCAACAGGUGCUUAAUAAUCGCUCGGGCCAGCCCAUUGCGGAUCGUGAUAAGAACAGCGCCAAGAUGUUGGUUAUACUAGCAUCCGGCGAACAACGACUGAUUACAUUUACAUUACCGCGGGAGUCCUGCACCGUACAGGAUCUGCUGGAGCAGGUUAGCGUGCCGUUCGACAACUCAACACCCAUACAGUGUGUGGAGCAUCGUGGUGCCAAUGUAGACUUUGUGGUAACCGUUGGCUUCUCUGUGAAUGAAUCUGCCAGCGAGCUCAUCUCGCGUGCUGAGGAGAGUCUGCAAAUAAAUCGACAGCAGGAGAAUGCGGCGGCCGCGGCAGCGGCGACCACAACAGCUGCUGCUGUUAGCACCACCAGCAAUGCGCCCGCCUUUAACAAUCAACAAGCAACAGAUCAAGCCAAGCGAGAUGCUGCUGCCACUACAGCUACAUCCACCGAUGGACCUAAGCUCAUCGAUGGCUUCUAUGCUGUUUGUCAGCAAUGUGGCUUUACAGGUAUGGAUCAUGCCAAAUGUGAGCGCUGUAAGCGCGUGUUCGUUGAGCCACCCAAGCGGAAAUCCUACAUAACCAAGCCACUGGCUGGCAUCGUAAAUGCUGCUGCUGGCACGGGAGACGCAAUUACUGUAGCAGAAAAGAAGCGAGAAAUAGCGCGUCUAAGCAAACCAGGCACUUCUAGUUUUGGUACAGGGGCUACCGUGCGAGGGCGUGGCAUAGCCAUUAGAGGCGCUCGCACCCGCACUGCACGACGCAUGCCGGAUGUAGAUCCGGUUGUUCUACUGAGCAGCGAAGAUGAAAACGAGCAGGAUGAUGCCAAUUCCGAUGCAGUGCCUGCAACUAAUUCAAAAGGUAAUUCUAAUGGUAAUGCCAACCAGUUGCCCGCCGCCUUUGCCUCAGAUCCUACACUGCCAGAGAUUGAUGAGGAGGCACUUUACAAAGACUUUGUACGUGGCGAUGUGAUGGAUUUGUCCGAUAUACCCGAUGGAGAAUCAUUUAACACGGAACUCAAAUGCAAAUGCAUGCGGCUGAUGCCAUAUCGUUUUCAAGUCAUUGAGCCUAUAAACUUCACCACAAAGGGCAUACGGAUAACAGGCGUUUUGCAGGACAAGGAUAAAAAGUUUGUGCUACACAUUUACAAGCGCGAGGUGAUCAAAAUUAUUGCGCAUUUUGGCAGCGCUGAGCACGCGCAGCCGUUGGUAACACUCUAUCUGCUGAAGAAAUGCGCACAAUAUGUUAAAUCGCGACUUGAGCUGCCCGACGAUCCUCCUAAUGAAUUGUGUGAUUUUAUUCGACAAGGCUUUCCAGAACGUCGCUUAAUCUUGCUAUUCGAUACGCUCAACUUAAGCGCACGCGAGACUAUCAAGUCCAUGUUUGACUCUGUGGAUGAAAUCUCCGCACGGGACGCAGUUGAAAUUAUUGAUCGCAUAACGGAAUUGGAUCGCAAGGCACAGGUGUCAUCACGACAGCUACGUGCCGAUGAGCAAGUUAGCUUACUUAUGUAUCCGCCCAAAGGCACUGGAGGUCUAUGCAUUCGCAUGGAGGAUUAUGUAUGCCUCACCAAGGAAUCAUAUCUGAAUGACAUUAUUAUCGACUUUUAUUUGCUAUGGCUGCGUAACACACUCAUACCCGAGGCGCUACGCGAACGCACACAUAUAUUUAGCACCUUCUUUUACAAGCGUUUAACAACGCUGACGCGACCAACAGACGUCAAACAGACGGCGGCACAGAAGCGACAUGCGCGCGUUCAAAAGUGGACCAAACUUGUGGAUAUAUUUGAUAAGGAUUUUAUAAUAGUGCCCAUUAAUGAGCAAUCGCAUUGGUUCCUAGCAAUAAUUUGUUUCCCAAGCCUGAAGGGUCCUGUUACUUUUGAUACAAAUCAGCCCGUGGAACCGCAACAGCUAAAACGGCCACGUGGUAAAAAGGUCUCGCUGCAAAUUGGAAACACAACCAUAACGCCGUUGUCCAAACGCGACUCGAAUGCUUUGCCAAGCUUGCCCACCGAGGUUUGUCGCAUUGGUGAUGACGAGAGUGAGCGCGAUGAGGCUGAAGGUGAAGAGAGUGACAUGGCCUCAGAGGACAGUGAGAACUCGAACCCACCUAUAAUCAAAGAAGCAAACACAACAGCCUCCACACAGACGCCGGCGCCAGCGCCACCAUCAACGCCGAGUGCUGGACCCGCACGCGUCUCGCAUGAUGAUGUGCCGCCUGUUAAGCAACCGUUAAUUUUAAUCUUCGACUCACUAGCGGGUGCUUCGCGAAGCCGAGUGGUGGCUACGUUGCGGGAUUAUUUAACUUGUGAAUACAGAGUCAAGAAACCGGAUGCGCAGGCGCACGUUUUCAAUAAGGAUAAUAUGCCGGGUCAUUGCGUCAAAGUACCGCAGCAGAAUAAUUUUACCGACUGUGGUCUCUACUUGCUGCAGUAUGUGGAGCAGUUCUUCAAGGAUCCCAUCAAGGAUUAUAGGCUACCCAUUAAGCAGCUUACCAAUUGGUUUGAUCUCUUAACGGUCACUAAGAAGCGUGAAGACAUUGGCCAACUCAUACAACAGCUGAUGGAUGAGGGCAAUACACAACCGCCGCGCCUAAUUUUACCUGUCAUUGAGUUCCCGACGCUAAAUGGCCAGUUAGUCGAGUAUCCCGAGGAAACCGAAAGCGCUGAGUUUGAGGAAGAAGAUGGACAUGAUGAUGACCAUACAAGUGAUGCGCACGAUGACAGUGUCAGCAAUGAAAUGGAAGUAGAUCCAUCGCCUGAGGAUACACAACCAACGAGUACGAAGACAUCUUCGCCGACUGUAACCACAACAACAGCUAGCACCACAGUGCUGAGCACACAGCGUAGAUUUGUCCUAAAGCGUCGCCUGCAAAAUGGAUCCAUCUCAAGUCCUAGCGCCAUUAGCGCAAACGGUAGCGAAAGCAACAAUAGCAAUCAAUUGGUGCCACAGAUAACCAACAGCUGCCCAUCGACUGCUUUAAUAACAAGCCGUGUGGCCAGCGUUGGCAAUAAUAGUCUGAAAAUACGCAAAAUCGAGCCGUAGCAUAUGAGCCUAGUUUCGGUUCAAGAAAUGCCUCCUUUGCGAAUGCGA